UUGGAAUAUAACCUAAUUAAUUUUUACCAAAUGCACUGAUGGAGAUAUUUGCAAGCAUCUUUCUUCAUAAACAUAGCCCCAGCCUCGAAUGAACUGAUUUAGACUUAUUUUGUUAAUAUAAAGGAGAUAUCCUGAAGACUUAGGAGAGAAAUAGCAGGGUAGAAAAAGAAAGUGAUCCAGAUAACAGAUUCUGAUAAAUGUUCUUCAAAUAAUGCAUAAUUGACUAAGCCUAUUAGCCCCGCCCACCUCUCAAUCCUAGUGACGUCCAUGUUAAUUAAAUGCCUUUUCACCCUUCCUGGGAUUUUAGGAAGCCCAGGAAUUUGGAAUUUUAUGACCGUUUACUCGGUUUGACCGCUAGAUGUCGGUGUUUCUCCGGUUAAAUGGCCGCAUGUCAUCAUCAGCAGGCUAAACUAAAACCCGAGCAGUUCGGGGUGUCAGUGUAAAGCUCAGUGUAGAGAGGAGCUAAAACACCAAACCUUCUGGAUGGAAAACUCUCAGCCUCUUCCAGUCCUCUGUCUCUCUCUGCCUCCCUCUCCACAGCUUCUCUACACCUGAGAUCAGGAUGGAGUUUCACUGCCUGCAUGGAGAAAACCUUCACACACUUUCCUCUGUGUAAUUUCUUCAUUAAACCUUCAGCUGCCUGGGUUUAUUUCUUCCAUGCUGAAGGAGGAUGUGAUGGAUGUGAACACCGCCCUGCCUGAGGUGCUGAAGACCGCACUCAUCCGUGAUGGACUCGCUCGUGGAAUCCAGGAGGCUUCCAAGGCUCUGGAUAAGCGCCAGGCUCACCUGUGUGUUCUCGCUGCCAACUGCGACGAGCCCAUGUACAUCACGCUGGUGGAAGCCCUGUGCGCCGAGCAUCAGAUCAACGUCAUCAAGGUAGAUGACAACAAGAAACUUGGUGAGAGGGUUGGACUGUGCAAGGUCAACAGGGAGGGCAAACACCGCAUGGUGGAGUAGGACUACGGCAAAGAGUCUCAGGCCAAGGAUGCCAUCGAAGAGUACUUCAAAUCAAAGAAGUGAAGAACUUAUUAGUGCUUUGAAUCACUGAUCAGCUCGUAAAAAUGAGUAAUUGUACAAUCCAUGUGACCUACAAAACAUCUACAGUAUUCUGUAUAAUUUAUACACAUCGCCAUGUUGCGGUUUUUAAAAAA